GUAGUUGUGCGCAUGCGGGAAAGUCUGUCAGUUUGGGGGACUGCUGGUGGCUGUUACCCUGGUGAUAAGUAAUGGGGGGAAGCGAGAGCACCGGGCGGCGGGUGUCCUUCGGGAUGGAUGAAGAGGAAAGGGUGCGGGUGCUGCGAGGAGUCAGGCUUUCCGAUGACAUGGUAAAUCGUAUGAAGGAGUCGCAGAGAGGUGAGCAAAGCAAUGUGCCAGGGAGCACUCCAUCAGCUCAGACCCCUAGGGGGGAGCCUGCAGCAGAGGCCAGAGGCUCUGAGCGAGCAGCUGCAGGAGGAAGCAAGCAGCCGACAUAUGCAGAGGAUGAACUGUACAGGAGGUACGAGAAGGAACAAGCCAUCAUCCAGGAGGAACUGGGUCGUAUCGCCAAGAGAGAGCGCGAGGCAGCUCAGGAGCGGUACAGCUCCGCCAUCCUCCGUGAGAAGAACUACACCACCCAGGAGCGCAGGAGGACCGAACAGCUGCCUGCGGAUUUGGAUGAAUGGGCCAAAGAACUUCAACGCAAAGACGAAGAGCUUAAAAAACUGGAUGCUUUUCACAAAGAGCAACUGGCGAGCAUUGAGAAGAAGAAUCUGGAAAUCUACAAGUUGACGGCUGAACAGUUCCACACUGCAGCGACCAAUGCGGAGUACCGAGUGAAGAAGAGAAGUUACGACCCGGUUUGCAUGAAUCUUCAGUCUGAUAUCCUCAAGUGCUACACAGAAAACCGCCAGGAGCUUCUCAACUGCGGCCACCUCGCCAAAGAGUAUCGGAGCUGCGUGAGGGAGGCUCAGAAGAACCUGCUCUUCAAUCACGGCUAAUUCGCCUAUUGUGAGCGCAAGCGAAGGAAAUUAAGAGCCGACCCUCCGCACUUCUCCGGCGCUGAAGACUGACUGCUGGCAAGCGAAGAGUUAACGUAGACGUCAAAGCGGGAAUAUUCCAAUGUACGAGAUGAUCCCUAAUAGGUGUCUUGUCCUUCGCGUUCAACGGUGGCUGCCAUUUUUUUAUUAAUUUUUUUGUAGAUCAGAGAGGGCGAAGCAUGAUGCAGGGAUUCACAAAAACAGUAGUCAUGCUCCGCCCCCUCCAGUGCUUUCCAAUGUUCCUUUAAACUCCUUCAUCCUGCACAAUGGUUGCCACUACAAAACCGAUGCACUGUGCUAUAUCCAGCGUAGGGGGUGGAGCAUGACCAGGAUUUUCAUGGUCACGCCCCUGCCCCCUCAAGCCCUGCAUUAGGCAUACACACAGUGGAGUGUUCCUUUAAAUUUAUAACUGUAGUUCACGUAGUCGUCUUUUUCUGCCAUAGUGUUAGAUGUUAUAUAUCUGGUGGCACCCGUAUGGCCGCUGUUAUACCCGAUUUGUCACCCAGCUUUCCUAGUGUCCCGAAUGACAUUCCUCCCUACUUAUGUAAUUAUACUUUCUCUCAUGCCAUAGCAUUCUUGGAAAGCUGGGUGACCAUC